AUGCUCUACGGUUACCACUGCCCAAUAACUACAAGUACUUGUACUUGCUGUUCAAUCUCUGAAAGCACGCACAUUAGAAACCUAGGCAUUACUUUUGACCCAACCCUGACUUUCCGGACUCACAUCAAGGAAACCACCAGGUCGGCCUUCUUUCAUCUGCGCAACAUUGCUAAAAUCCUCCCUGCUCUGUCCCGGCGUAGCGCCGAGGUGGUUCUCCAUGCCCUUGUGUCUUCCCGUUUGGAUUACUGUAAUGUCCUUUUUUCUGGCCUCCCCAUCUGUUCUACUAGGAGCCUUCAGCUUGUGCAAAAUUCAGCCGUCAGACUCUUAACAAAAACAAGUAGGUAUUGUCACAUAACUCCUGUCCUGGCAUCAUUACAUUGGCUGCCCAUUCAGGCUAGAGCCGAUUUUAAAGUUCUUCUCUUAACUUAUAAGGCAUUAAAUGGACUUGCACCUUCUUAUUUAACUGAACUACUUUUUCCCUACAUUCCGCCACGUCCACUCCGUUCUCUUAGUUCUAACCUCCUUGUCAUCCCACCAAUCAAUAAAAAGUCUGCUGGUGGCAGGGCCUUUUCCUACCGUGCUCCUUUUCUAUGGAAUGGCCUCCCACUAUGUAUCAAAGAAGCUUCAUCCACUGUAAUUUUCAAGUCCCGUCUUAAAACAUACCUUUUUACUCAAUACUUUGGUUGAAACUAAUUUUUAACUGUUUUAUCAUAUUCCUGUGGUGUUUUAAUAUUGUUUUAAUAUUGUUAUUAUUGUACUUGAUAUUUUGUAA